AUGUACCAUCCUCAGACUAGUGGCCAAGUCGAAGUGUCCAACAGGGACCUAAAGCAAAUUUGGAGAAAAUUGUGUCUCAAAACUGAAGAGAUUGGGCAGAACAUCUACAUGACGCACUUUGGGCCUACAGAACAGCGUUGCAAGAGAAAACUCCAACUGAAUGAACUUGAUGAGUGGCGUUCCAAUGCAUAUGAGAGUUCGAUGCUCUAUAAAGAAAAAGUAAAAGAGUACCACGACAGACGCAUGAAGCACCCUAAGCAAUUUCACGAGGGAGAUCAAGUCCUACUGUUCAACUCUCGGUUGAAAUUAUUUCCAGGGAAGCUAAGGUCACGUUGGUCGGGUCCGUACACGGUUACUCAAGUCUUCCCACAUGGAGCGAUUGAGAUAACCAACCCGGAGAAUGGCACUUUUAAGGUUAAUGGGCAACGAUUAAAAUUUUACUUCGAUAACAACGCUACAAAUGAAAUCGGGGGUGGUUUCAAGAUUUUUGAGCCCCCAUGA